GUAUCCUAGCAACUGAAUGUUUGUUACAUUGAAACACACUACUUAAGGACUACACGAUUGUGUUUCAUUUGAGAAAGAAUCCUAGCUACAUAAUACAAUAUUGUUAAGUAAUUUUCAUUUUCAGGUCCAGAAAGAAUGACAGAGCUAGGUUUGGAAAAUACAGCGGCAACAGAUCCCGGUGCUAACAAAGAAUCGCUUACCAGCGAUUUUUACAAAGUGAAUCCUAAUUUACCCAGAAGAUUUGAACACCCGGACUGGUUUAAAGCAUACAGAGAACAGCCACCCCAUCCACUAUACAGGACCACAAAUCAAACCUAUGGGAGCAAAAAACCAACUGUACACGAAAUGCCUAUAAAUUUUUUUGCAAACAGUCGGCAGUUUUCUGAAUACAACGGGAAAUGUGGAAUGUAUAGAAAUAAUGGCUUCAACACGCACAUCGAGAAGAGCUUUGUCAACGGAUCAGACAACCUGAUUACAUUCCAGGACAGACUUAACUUUCAUAAAUCUUAUAAUAUGAGUGGGCCAUCUCACACUGGAUAGAAAGGAAAAUACCUCAGCUAUAAAAAAGUGCAAACUUAAUUUAUUUAUAGUACUGCCUUGUUUCUGCUGAACACAAUACAACAACACGUCAGUUCUAGAUCAAUACAAUUCUGAAUAGUAGUAAAUAUUAUUUCAACUGUUAACUUUUAUAACAGGACAAAGGAAACAGUGCACAAUAUUGUAGAAUUCUUGAAGUCUGUGUUAAACAAAUGUUAUACAAAUCUGAUACAAUAAAACUGAU